AUGUCUGCUAUUACAACCAAGUUCGUCACAGAUCACAAACUCACCAAUAAGACAAGUCUCGAAGAGCUUAGCCAAUAUGCACCAGAAAUACUUGACCUCUUAACAGAUGAUAAAGAGAAAAGGCGCCAGGCCC